AUGAUUCAAGGUAUGCACGUAUUCCAACGGACAGUAAGCGAAGACACGAGGAAACGUUUUCAGGACGUUAUGAGCCGUCUUUCUGGCCCUUUAGCUGCGUAUUUACGCAAAAGUCGGCAUGAACAUCGACCCACAGCUAUCCGGCUGAUGUUUUUGGGACAAGACGAAGACUCAGCUCGACCAUGGAUUGUCGUUCUGUGUCCAGAGCCAGUCAAGAAGAGAGCAGAGAAGUUCUUCAAGCAAGACAUGGCCCAACGUCUAUGUCAACUCGACGAACCCGGCCGAGAAAGCUUCCACGUGGUGGUGGUCGGUCACGCGCCUCGACCUAAGACUGGUGGAUCUGCUCGCCGUGUGACGAUGUCCUCAGGGCUUCCAACGGGCGACGGCAGCAUCUUGCGCACCUUUUCGUCCUCGUCUCAGGCUGAUACAAAAUAUCAUGGGAAAACAUCUUCGGCUGCGAUAGGAGGAUACAUCUUGGUCAGCAAUUUUGAUGGUACAGAGGUGGUUUACGGCUUGACAGCGGGUCAUGUGUUCCCGCAGACAGGGAUUGACAGUCCAUCUUCAGAUGGGCCGUGGGGCGGUUCGAUACCCUCCCCAGAUUCAAGUGAUUUGGAAGAUAAUAUCACAGGCAUCCCAGAACACAGCGCCGAGGAUCGUGGCCAGAGUCUCCUCGAAAGCUUCAUUGGACCGAGAAGUGAACCAGCGUGGACGGGCAUGGUAUUGGCGGAAGUUUCGUUCUCCCGUGAGGCUCGAGACAGAGAUUGGGCAUUGAUCGAACGUAUUCGUACGACCCAGAUUGAAUCACUAUACACGAAAGCUCCAGAAAGAGAAGUCGUGCUUGGUACCAUGAAAGACCUACAGCCCGCCCAGCUAUACUUCGGUGCAGAAGUCGCUUUGAACUGCACAAUUUCCCGGGAUAUCUCAAUGAUUCUGACGCCAUCGGGACAUAACUUCGUUCAGGCACAUAUACUCACAUUAGAUGCUUCUAAAAGUAUACCGGGCGGUGCAUCUGGCACGUGGAUUACUUCGCCUUUGACUCGAAGUCGAGGCCGCCGGAUGGAUGUGUCCCCUUGGCGUAUAUCCGUCUACGGCCAGGUAGUGGCUGACGACAUCUUCGAGGAUGGUUACAUGGUUCCGCUGACCGAUAUAAUGGAGGACAUCAAGAAAUUGACGAAAGCUGCAGCCGUAAGGCUACCAUUGUCUUUGUCGGAGGUUGGGCAAUUGCUUUCCAAGCAACGAGAUAGAGAAGAGCCGGACCAACUAGACAGGGAAAAGGCAAUUUCUAGCUUUCCGACCAAUACACGCGUACCCGAAGACAUGGAGCGGGUAGAAAAACGUCCCACUACCACUGGUAUGAAAGAUCACUCUACCAAAGUUGAUUCUUACAUGCCGGCGCUUUACCAAACGACAGAAGAAGCGUCUAACAGAAGCUCUGCGGACAUCAGAAGAGGACGGGCGGCUGAAGAAGAUGAGAGGACAUGGGGCUCCGUGGAAUCGAGUCAUGGAAGACCAGCUUCGACACCCGAGUCCAAAAGGCGUGUCACGCGCUCAUCUACUAGAACAAACACAGGACAAGCGAAAGAAUUGCCAGACUUACUGAAUGAUUCGCCUGAGGCGGAACCAAAAGCGCCGAAAGGACAACGUGCGGCCAAGCCUAAGAGGCAAUCUCAAAAGGGUGCGAAAUCUGAAGCAGAUGCACAGCCAGUCGAAGAUAGCGAUCCAAUACCCCAAAGUUACACAACGCUCACCAUCAUACACGACCUCGUCAAAAAACCGAUCCAAUGCCAUCAGUACACUCCCAUAACAUCGCUAUCCACACCCUUACCAACCCUCUUCUUUACCCACGGAGCAGGCGGCACGCUCUCCGCCGACGCCGUAGUAAAUUUCUGUUCUGGAUUUUCCUCUUCGUGCCCCGUCCUCGCUUUUCAGGGCUCCAUGAAUCUCAAGGCGCGGACGAAAGGCUUCCACGCAUGUAUUGAUGAGCUGAACUCCAGCCAAGAGACUGCACUAGAGGGAGCCAAAGAGGAAAGGGCUGGUGAGAAGACAUUGUUACUAGGUGGACGAAGCAUGGGCGCUCGAGCUGCCGUCAUCGCUGCUAGCGAACACCUAGCCUCACUAGAUGACUCCCAAAGAGAAAGGCUGAGCAUACAGCUGAUACUGGUUUCCUACCCACUCCUCGGCCCCAAAGACGAAUUACGCGAUCAAGUUCUCCUCGACCUACCCAAGAGAGUCCGCAUCCUCUUCAUCAGCGGCGAUGAAGACGGCAUGUGCCCCAUCGAUCUGCUGAACGAAACAAGGGAGAAGCUGAAGGCAAAAUCGCAGCUUGUAGUUGUUACCAAUGCGAACCAUGGCAUGCACGUCGUACCUGCUAGCAGGACGCGGGGUGUAGGAGAAGAGACGGGACGGGUGGCGGCGCGAUGGGUGGAAGGAGGUAUUGCAGAAGAUGAGGUAUACAUUGAUGAGCUAGAAGGAGAAGAAGAACGAUGA